UUUCUACGCAUGCGCGGUCUUUGUUUGCGGAAGUGAACCAGUGUGGCAGAAGGGAGCGACCAAAUGCUCAGGCAUGUGUUUUUGACAGGACCGCCAGGUGUGGGUAAAACCACUCUGGUCCAGAAGACGUGUGAUGCGCUAGUGUCCUCGGGUCAGUCGGUGGAAGGCUUUUACACGGAAGAGGUCAGGGAAGGAGGCCGCAGAGUGGGGUUUGAUGUGGUCACAGUGAGUGGCGAAAGAGACCACCUGUCCAGAAUCAGAGAUGUUGCUGGUGACUCUCAUGGCAGACGGGAGUACAAAGUAGGACAGUAUGUUGUGGAUUUACCUUCAUUUGAACGCCUGGCCCUCCCCCUCUUCAAGAAGGUGAGCCCAGAAGACGGAACUAGUAAGAAAGUGUUUGUCCUUGACGAGAUUGGGAAAAUGGAACUCUUCAGCCAGCCGUUCAUCAAAGCGGUGAGACAGACACUAGACGGCUCUUCUUGCACGAUCUUGGGCACCAUUCCCAUCCCCAAGGGGAAACCGCUCGGCUUGGUGGAAGAGGUGCGCAUGAGGAGCGACGUCAAGAUCUUCACUGUGACAAAGGAAAACAGAAAUGCCAUCCUGCAAGAUAUUCUCUCAGCACUUCGGGAGGGUUUAAAAUAGUAACGCAAACACAACUUUAGGAAGGUAAACUUGCAAUUAAAUUCACCUGAUACCGUAUUUUAUUUUUAAAGUAUGCGUCCAUGUAUUACAGCAGAUUUGUGACUUGUUCAACGGGUGCACAAUUUUUAGUUUCGCAUUGUGCCUGCUCUCAAUGGAUUCAGUGCAGAAUGAUUGAUGGGUCGCAUAGCAGUGCAUUGCAUUGCCUUGUGUUGUCAAAUUGCUAGUUUUCACAACUAUUCCUGCACAUGUGCAAUCAUUUUGAUUAUCCCCAAUUAAAGACAAACGCUCAUUAGAAAUCAAUCAACAUACUGUGCAAUAUUUUUUGUAUUUGAAUGCUUUAUCAUUUGGAUAAUAGGAAAAUAAAUGUUUUGGUUCUCAGUU